AUGUCAAGACGACAUCGACUACUUGAAUUAGCGAAGAAUACAAGGGACAAUUAUGUACCGAGAAUAUCUACAUCUGUCAAUUCGUUAGCUACAAAUGCAUCAAGAGUAUUCAUAAACAAUCCGGAUGUAUACGAUGAAGAUGGAAAUUUAAUACUACCUAAGGAUACUACGAUACAAUUAUACCCAACAUACACACGACAACAAAGAGAUAAAUAUUUAGUAGAUGUUUCUGGAUUAGUCUUUGCUCCAGGUGCUCCAAAUAGGAAAAAUAGACUCAUUAUGUCUGCCAUAAAUAAAGUUAUCAAAGAAAAAGACAAUUUUGUAGCAGAACAAGAGAUAGUUGAGUUAGAGAAUGAUAACAAGUUCAAUCAAGAAGUAUUUAAUGCAAGUAGGGGACAAGAUUCCGAUACAGAAUCAAUUUCUUCUAGUGAUUCGAAUAGAUCAAGUAUCCUUAAUCAAAGUUAUAAUGGUACUAAUUCUCCUAUAAUACAAGAUAGAAUUAAAGAAAGAUUAGCUGGAUUUUUAGCCAAGUCAGUAGCCAAUGCCCAUUUAAAAAUAUCAAUUGGAUCAGAAAACAGCAAUGAGAAGAAUAUAACGGAGCAUGAAAUCAUUUCGGAUAAAAGUGGAAAUUUUGAAACCACAAUUGAAGUAAAUUAUAAACCAUCGAUAAUUAUUGCAAGAUCAGUAGUCGAUGAAACAAUUUUCAAAAUUGGUGAAGUUAUGAUUAUUCCAAACUCAGGUCUUGGGAUCAUAAGUGAUAUUGAUGAUACAAUAAAACAUACUGGAAUCACCGGUAGUAGAAAAAUAAUAAUGAAAAAUUUAUUGACAGGUACAAUUGAUAGCUGGUCUAUCAAAAACAUCAUAAAUUGGUAUAAAAAUUUGUAUUCCAAGGACGUUAAUUUUUUUUAUGUUAGUAAUUCACCUUGGCAAUUAUUUGAUUGUAUAUAUGAAUACAUUGAUGCAUCAAAACUACCUCAUGGCUCAAUACAUUUGAAAAAAUAUUUCGGUAAUAUAAUGUCAAUAAUUUUGGAACCGUCACAAUCAAGGAAAAGAAAGACAUUGCAUAAAAUAUUGACUGAUUUUCCAGAUAAAAAAUUCAUAUGCAUUGGGGAUUCAGGAGAAGUUGAUCUAGAAGCUUAUGUUGAUUUAGCAGUGGAUUUUCCUAAUCAAGUGUCCAAAAUUUACAUUCGAGUGGUGAGUCAGUCUUUGUCUGAUAUGGAUGAUAAUUCCAUCUUGGAUCAAAUAAGAUAUUUGAUUGACACGUGGAAAUUGAAGAAAUCUGAGGCUUCGAGGUAUCAAAAUAUACCAAAGCCAUCAACACCGCCUCGAGAGGAAACCCCCGAUUUAAUAGAUUUAUCAGAUCCUCCACCGGCUAGGAAAUUUACUCCAAUAAAACCAGCCAAACCAUCAAAUUUAAAAGGAAAUGCAAUUGACAAAACGGUUAUACCGAUAAAUCACCAACAUCCACCAACAUCAUCAAAUGUAGCAUCAGAUGGAAGUCCUAUAAACGGUGAAUCAGAAGUUGCACCACCUCCUUUACCCCAAAGAAAAAGAACAUAUGAUGAGGAAGAUCAAGAAUUUGCAAGUAUUUUUGAUACUCAAGGUUUUAAAGAUUUAGAGAUUUAUGAUAGAAAAGGUUCACAAUGGAUUAGAAGAAUUAUAGAAGCUUUACUAAUGUUAAGAAACACAAAUACAACUUUGGAAAUUUUUAUGGAUGACGAUAAUGAAUUCUUUAAAAAGAGUUGUGAUUAUGUGAAAGAACUAAAUAAAUAG